AUGGUGGCGAUCGGUACCUACAAUGCACGUACACUUGCAUCCGAGUCCUCGAUAGAGGGCUUGUUCAUGCAAGCAAGAAGGAUAAAAUACGACUUCAUCGGGCUAGCCGAGACGAGAAGACGCCACCCAUUCAACGUCGUCUAUGACACCGUAGAAGUGUUCCUCGGAGCAUCCGACAGUAGAGGAGUCAGCAGCGUCGGCGUUCUCGCCAACACGAGUUUGUCCAUGAACAUCGAUUCAUUCGAACAACUUACAACCUGA